AUUUAAAAUAUAUAUUAAUUAUUGUUAUUUUAUUAUAAUAUUUUUAUAGUUGCUGAUUUUGAGAAUUUAUUAAGGAAGCAUAAAAAUUAUUUCAUAAGGAGAUUUAACGAUUUCUUUAAGAUUUUGGAUAAUCUACCAAACAGUGCCACAGAUUCUUCAAGCCUUGAAUCUGGUUUACUCUUUACACUUCUAGGUUGUAUAAGAUCUCUUGUAUCUUGUGAUGGAAAGAUCUUAACAGAAAAGCACAUAAAGUCACUAACGACACUUGGAAAAAAUUCUCAAUGUCCUAAUAUGACUAGUUCUUUAAUAGGAUGUAUAUUUUAUUCUGUUUGCAAUGUACAAUACAAAAUACUCGACUCUUUUGCUGAAGAUUUAAAGUUACUGGCAGACAGCGAUAUUAAUAGCGCUUGUCAGUACAGCAUGAUUUUUGGCAUGAUUGGCUGCGAAGUUGAUCAGAAUAGAGCCAGACUAUACGCAGGCUAUAUCAUUGAGUUUCUGCAAACCAGUCCAAAUAUCUACCUAAGUGGUAUAGUUUACUACUUACUACAAUUGGUCAAUACACAUCCUACUAUCGCUAAGGAGAGGAAGAAUGAUGUUGAAGAAUUAUCAAAGAAUCCCGCCAUGAGGGAUACUUGCCAGAGUAUUUUACAAAUAGCCAGUAAUACAACGGUUAAUAACCUCGCAACAAGGGUAGAAAAGUUAGAAAAGGAUUUUUCUGAUAUGCCCCCAUUGUUUAAAAAGGAAGAAGAGUUUAACAAGAUACUAAAGAAUUUUGAAGAUAGAAUGAUAAAAAAAUUAGGAAAUUCUGUUAAGGAGAACAUUCGAAAUGAAGUUGAGCAAUUAAGAAAAGAUCUUCUAUCCAUAAAAAUCUCUAAUAUGGACGACUUAAAAGCAAACGCUAAUAAAUCAUAAAUUAAUAAUAAAAUUGCUCAAUCAAAUAUAAUUAAUGUAACAAACCUUCUUCUCAAUAUUUAAAUGGAAUGCUAUUAGCUUUAUUUAAAACUGGCACAAGGAAUUCAAAAGAGAUAUUCAACAAAACAGAUGACAAUAAUGACAUAUAUAAAUAAAAGAUAAGAGAGGAACCGUUGAGAUGAAUGUCAAUAAGGAAAUAAGACAUUUGAUUGUUCUAUCCUCUACCUCUUAUAGUAAUCAUUCAAUUUUAAGUCUAUGAAGGCGGAAGGAAGAGUUUUUUAUUUAUUCUCUGACCGACUUUUUAACAAAAUUGAAUCAUCGUAGAGGGAAGACAUUUUUUAUAGUAUUGAUUAAAGUGUCAGAAACAGUGUUAAAUGUAAGGUAUACUAAUCCCUUUCCUCUUCCGCCUCAUAACUGUUUUAAGUAAAAUGUCAAUGUCAAACGUCUCUGUGGUGUCAUAGAGAGACAGGAAAUAGUAGGCUUAAUAUUUGAAACAUUUAAGAUAGGAUAAGGUUCCCUAGAGGAACUGUCUGAAAGCUAAUAACUUCAAUAGAAAUCCAUUUUACUGAAACUUUAUUAGCCCAUUAUAUACGAAUUUUCUCGUUAGAAAAAUACCUGAAUUUAUAACUGUAUAGGGGUUUAGAAUGACGCCUAUCUAAGCGUACUUCCGACGCCCCACGUUUAUUAGUUAACGUGUCAUGGUCUUCUGACGACAGUCAUAUGCAGGUUUUCCUUUUCUUUUUGCAUUUGAGCUAUUGCUUGUUAAAAUGCUAAUUUAAUAAAUCAAUUGAAUACUAAAAGAGUGCGUGCGUGUCUGAGUUUCUAUAUAUGAAGCAGAGGUGGGGAGAGAGAUAGAGAGAGAGAGAGAGAGAGAGAAAAGAGAGAAAAGAGAGAAAUCUACUAUUUAAACCACUUUUAACCCUCAUACUGCUGUUAUAAAUCACAAACACUUUUUUUGUGCGAUUAAAUGCAUAAGAUUAUUUCAUUAUAGUUUCUCCCUUUUUGAUAAGAUAACGUAUUAACUGUUGAUUCAGAGUUAAUCUUGUAUAUAGUAUAU